GUUUCCAUGGCAGCGGGAGCCAACAGGGAGGUGCCGCCAUGAGCCCGCCCGAGGUGGAGCCGCUCGUGUGCCGCAAAUACGAGAUCAAGAGGCGCCUGGGCAAGGGGGCCUAUGGCAUUGUCUGGAAAGCAAUUGACCGCAAGACAGGAGAAACAGUUGCUGUUAAAAAGAUUUUUGAUGCUUUCAGAAACAGAACAGACGCUCAGAGAACAUUUCGAGAGAUUAUGUUCCUGCAGAAAUUUGGAGAACAUCCAAAUAUCAUCAAGCUGCUCGAUGUUAUCCAAGCAGAGAAUGACAAGGACAUCUACCUCAUCUUCGAGUCCAUGGAGACAGAUUUACAUGCUGUGAUUAAGAAGGGGAAUUUGCUGAAAGACAUCCACAAGUGUUACAUUGUCUACCAGCUCCUGAGGGCAACUAAAUUCAUCCACUCAGGGAAUGUUAUUCACAGGGAUCAGAAGCCUUCCAAUAUCCUGCUGGAUGCACAGUGCUGUGUGAAGCUGUGUGACUUCGGCCUGGCCCGUUCCCUGUGCCAGCUGAGUGAGGACCAGCCCACCCCUGCACUGACCGAGUAUGUGGCCACACGCUGGUACCGAGCCCCCGAGAUCUUACUGGCCUCUCGCAAUUACACUAAGGGUGUAGACAUGUGGAGCAUUGGCUGUAUUCUUGGCGAGAUGCUGCUUGGAAAGCCUCUUUUUCCUGGGACAUCAACAAUGAAUCAAAUAGAGCAGAUCCUGAGGGUCAUCCCUGCUCCGUCCCCAGAAGAUAUUUUGGCUCUGCAGUCAGAGUACAAGGCCUCAGUUAUUAACCACAUGAGUUCCCGGCAGCGAGUAGCAUUUGAGGAGAUUUUCCCAUCCUCUACUCCAUUGCCUGCCUUGGAUCUGCUGAAGAAACUUCUGGUAUUUAACCCUGACAAACGGCUCACAGCAGAGGAGGCUCUGCGGCAUCCUUAUGUGAACAGAUUCCACUGUCCUUCUAGGGAGCCCUCUUUGGAUUUUGAUGUGAUCCUUCCUUUGGGUGAUGAUGUCCAGCUGUCUGUGGCAGAAUAUCGAAAUAAAUUAUAUGAGAUGAUCCUUGAAAAGAAGUCAAAGAGCCUUCCAAAGGAGCAAGGGCAGAGAGAAAACAUUCAGCUGAGCCAGUCUGAAUCCAGCACACUUCUCUCAGGUUUCAGCUCAGUGGCUGUACCUACCAGGAAAGGCCAGCAAGAACCAACACCCCCUCUUCUAAACCCUUCACAUAUGCACACUGGAGCCACAGCUGGGGUCCAGCCAAUAGGAUCCAGCCAGAGCAAGGAUUUGGCCAGAACUGUGUGUCAGAGGUCACAGACUAGUGUGAUGAUGUACAACCCCAUCACACACACCACUGUGCAGAGAAAUGCAAAUCCUGGUGCUGGGAUCAGGAACUGUUCUGCACCACCUCAACAGUCCAGAAUCCCCAACAAUGGGAAACUAGGGAGACAAAUCACACAGCCAAACACUCGGCUCUCUCCUACCAGUGUGCAGAGCCUUUACAAUAGCACUCCACUAUGUAUCUCUGGUGGAAGGUGCCCCUGCCCAUGGCAAGGGUGUGGAACAAAAUGGUCUUUUUGUAUCCAACUCAUCCAGAUAUAAGCCACGAUGGAACAAUGAUCACACAGCAAACUGCUCACAGUGCUCAGAGACAGGAGAGUGACAGUCAAAGAACCAACUGCAACGCUAGAAGGAAGAAGCAUCAGAAGAACCCUGCGAUACUGCUGGACAAUCAAAACAGCAGCAGAAAAAUACUGGUCAAGUGGUGAAACAAUUUUAUAUUGAUUAAUAUAAUUAUUUCACUACAGUUAAAAAUGAAGAUGGAGAAGAUUGAGCUUUAAAGAAGCACCAGGUAGUACUGACUGUUAUCUGGUAGGACCACAGAGAACAGCAGCACUACACAGAUUCAGGAGGAACUCACAGCCAGAGUGGCCUGGGGAUAGGGACGUUUUACUCCUCGCAUCCCAAAAAAAGGUGGCACCUGAACUCUGACUCCUCAGCCUAGAGAAGACAUCUACAAACUGUGACCAGGGCAUCUCCGCUGCCAGGACAAGGACUAAACAGGCAGAAAAUUAACCUGGCAGGUGGUAGGUUCAAAGGGACAUCAGGAAACACCUGUGCUCACCUGGGCUGAUUUGGGAGAACUCUCUCGUUGCUCUGCAGCUCCCUGACAGGAGGGUGCAGCCAGAUGGGGGUCAGGCUCUGCUCCCAGGUUUUACAAUCAGGAGUCACUUGAGUUCCCCAUGUGUUUGUGGUGCUGAGUAUAUUUGUGAGUAAGCAGGAAAAAAUGGUACCAGUGAAGAAGUAAAUUUGAUGUGAAAGCAAAGUGAUCAUCAUGGGUUUCCCUGAGACACUGGGAGAACAUGGAUAUGGAGCUGGAGGGUGUCCUGGUACCACUGAACACAGCAAUAGUGGUGGGUUGCUGGUCUGGCAGAGAUGUUCAGGGAAGCCUGCAAGGGAUGUUUGGAGGGGACGUGGAAAACUCUGCACUUAAUCUGGGGGGGGUGGGCAGUAUUUCCUCCAAAAUAGACCCACGACUCAGAACUGUGAAAUAAAAACCAGAAGUUGUGUUUAUGCCACUGUAAGUGUCCGCCCCAGCUCUACACGUGUUCCAUGGCUGGGAGCCACCUGGUCUAGUGGAAGAAGGAGGAACAAGAUGAGCUUCCAACCCAAACCAUCUUGUGCUUCCAUGAUUCCAUUAAUUGUUGGCAUCCUUUAAUUCCCUGGGUUGCAACAAGAACAAUACCAUGUUGAUGAAUUCUCAGUUUGCAUGAAAAAUGCUGGUUUAUACAUAUAAGUGAAUAAAUAAAUAAAUACCUAUACACACAUACAGAUACACACACACACACAUACGUACAUAUAUAUACACACACACACACACACACACACACAAAAUUACGGAUAUUUCAUUAAUCUUCCAAAAUCCUUCCCUGUCAGGUAAAGCAGAAGGGAAGAAUUUACCUAGAACCCCAAAGGUUAUUUAUGACCUUUUGUCACUUUGGUGGGCGUGAGCUGAGUUCAGGUCAAAGAAUAAAUAAAAUUUCUCCUGCUACAGCCCAUCUCCCUGAAUUCAGAUGGAUUCUGCACUUAGUUAAUGGAUUUUUAAAAAUUUUGUUUUGGUCUGUUCCAGCUCCUGGGAUCACCUGUCUGCAGCUGGCAGAGCCCUGAGGCACUGGGUCAGAUUUGGUGUCAUGAAGCUGCUGACUGCCAGGCUGGUUCUCCACUUCUGCACCAAGUCACCCACUCUUUAGAAAGCAAUUCCUCUCCAAAUCAGAUGGAAGCAAUCACAUACCAUUUCUGACUGAUACUUGUGUGCCAGAAGGAGGUUUCUAAGACACAACUGGCUUUUAAACUCCUAUCUUUUCACUUCUCUCUUAACUACUCUUGAUCCAUUCCGUGUGUGUCCAUUAUCCCAGCGCAAGGCUGGAUUUGAUGGAGGACCAGUUCACGUGCCUCAGGAAACAGGAGAUGGAUCACUCAGUGUGCCACAUUGCCUUGUUAUUUUUUUUAGUCCGGAACUGUGUAUUCCAUGUUUUUUGUAGGGCAUUCCGUGCUUUAAGCCUUGGUUCCUUUUAACAGGAGUAAGGGAACAUCAUGUCAGGUUUCCCCUCAGAGGGACAGGAGAGUGGACACAUCAGUUAGUUACAGAAAGUACUCUUUCUUCCCUGAUGGCUGGAUUCUCCUUGAUCAGGGGCACCUGAAACAACCUGGAGGAGAGUGAAGGGAGACCUCAUUGCACUCCACAACUUCCUCCUGAGAGGAAGAGGAGGAGCAGACAGCGAUCUCUUCUUUGUGGUGACCAGUGACAGGGCCCAAGGGAACAGCUGGAGCUGGAUCAGGGGAGGGCUAGACUGGAUAUAAGAAAAAGGUUCUACACCCAGAGGGUGGCUGGGCACUGGAACGGGCUCCUUGGCAGAGUUCAAAAAGCAUUUGGACAACACUCUCGGGCACGUAGUGUGAGUCUUGGGGAUAGUCCUGUGCAGGGCCAGGAGCUGGACUCGAUGAUCCCUGUGGCCCUUUCCAACUCAGUUUAUUCUGUGAUUCUGUGCCUCCAAGCAGGAGUUGGCUCCUUGUUUGAACUUCACCUGCAAAUCUAUUUCCUGCAGCUUCUUUCAGAAAAAGACAAAUGUUGUAUUUUUGGAAUUCUGAACCAUCACAACUGUCAAAGAAACUGAAUCACAAACUGAAAAUAUCCGAAAUGUAGAUUUUCAGCCUGUAACUACUGAUGAAUAGAGAAUUUUACUUACUUA